CCAACAGCCAAACACUGAAGGCCCAUUUUUAUUCAAUGAAUUAACUGUUACCCCACAAGACCACAGCUUUCUCUUUCUUAGCAAACCCUUCCAUUUUCUUUGGCUCGAUAAAGCUGGGAAGUGUUUUCUGGCAGUUAAAACGAAAGAUUUCAAUCAAAAUUAAACACUAAAACUUUUCAAUAUGCCACUAUGAAUCAAUAUGAGAAUUUGAGUUGAGAGGAAAUGGGAGAACAGAUGGACUGGCGGAAAUUGUUUGGGAACUCUACAGAACAAACCCUUGAUUAUUUUCCCCCAAAGCAUCGCGACGGGAACCCGGUUGUUCUUCCCCCUCCAGAGGUCCUCGAUGCUGGAAUUUCUGAAUGGGAAUUAUCUCUGGUAGGACAAUUCCUGGGAGCAACACCCAAUUUCUCUUCUCUUCAACGAAUUGUCGUUACAUUGUGGAACAAAGCUUUACAAGGUUCACAAGUCAAGGUGAGUUCUGCUGGUAGUAAUCUCUUCAUUUUCUCUUUCAAUUCUGUUUCAGCUAGGGAUUGGGUGUUAGAGAACGGUCCAUGGCACACACAAAACAAACCAUUGAUACUUAGGAAAUGGGAGCCUAAUUUGAAAAAACUUAGUUUCAAUUUGGCUAGAAUUCCAGUUUGGGUGCACCUGUAUAACGUCGCUCUUGAAUUAUUUAACCGAGCUGGUCUUAGUUACAUAGCGAGCGCUAUAGGAGUACCCCUUUCUAUAGAUUCGAUUACAGCUUCGAAAUCCAGACUUGAAUAUGCAAAACUCUGUGUUGAAAUUGGGGUUAACGAAGUAAUUCCAAAUUAUAUCGAAGUUGUUCUGAAAGAUGGCCAUCCCACUUCGAUUCUAGUGGAAAUUCCGUGGCUUCCUCCAUCCUACAGGAAAUGUAAAGUCUUCGGCCACUCGGAAAAGGGAUGCUUGCAUAAACAAAAUCCUGCCUCAACAGCUCCCCAAGUUUGGAAAAAGAAGGAAGUUUAUAACUCAGAUUCUGGUUCCCCAUCAAUAGGAGGAGUUGAACUUCUUCAGGAAUCCCAGAAUUCUGAACCUAAGCUAUCUGAAAUUCAGAAUCAAAAUCCUCUGAAUACUGUUUUCGUUAUUGAUCCAGACCUCAAUGAGACCAAAACAGAUUCCAAAGCUCAAGAUGAUCUUAAAGAGCACACUGAAAUUCAACCUACAGCAAGUGUCUCUGAAGACUUAGUUGAUGAUGGAGAAAAACAUUUAAAAGACCUUAAUGAUUCAAUUGAGGAAGAAAAGUUAGUCACUCAAAAAACAACCCUUAAACGGGGAAGAGGAAAACCUAUUAAAGAAAAUUCAAAAGCUUCACUUGUAGGUUCAAAAAAUAGGUUUGAGGUUCUCACUACAGUUGAAGAAAAUUCACAAAGUGCAAAUCGACCUCCAAGGAAAGUUCGUACUGCUUCUUUGGGAGUGGCAGGCUUGGUAAAUGAGUUAAAAUCGAAGAAGAGAGAACACAUAGAUAAAGCUCACAGCAUUGUAGUUGAAGGUAAUGGGGGUACAGCCGGAUCAUCAUCUAAAUGAUACUUAGUUUUUGGAAUGUAAGAGGUCUUAAUAAACUUCUGAAACAAGAUAGAGUUGUUCAAAGAGCAUACCACUACAAAAUUGAUGUUUUGUGUUUACUGGAGACAAGGGCCAAAUUAGAUAAGUCAGAGAUUAUUUUCAAGACAAAGUUUGCAAAUUGGAAUGUUUGUACUAAUUACAAUCACGCUCUAAAUGGGAGAAGUUGGGUACUUUGGAGGAAAUGUAUCGAUCUUUCCAUCAUUCAUGUUACUGAUCAGAGUAUCACUGUUAAAGGAAACUACCUUGGGGCUCCUCUGUUCAUUUCGGCAAUUUAUGGAAGUAAUGAGGGAACAAUUCGAAUACAAUUAUGGAACCAACUUCGAGAUCUGGACAAUGUUGUUAAUCACUCCCCUUGGAUUUUAGGAGGGGACUUUAAUGCUUUUCUGCAUUCUGUUGAAAGCUCGGACCAUGAGAUUUUAGGCCACUAUCUUACUUCUGAUAUGAAAGAUUUCCAAGGCUUCAUCCACGAGCUGGACCUUCAAGACCACCCUUAUUUCGGUCCUUCCUUCACUUGGAAUAACAAACAGAAAGAAUCCUUUCUGGCACGAAAAUUAGAUAGGGUUCUGAUC